AUGCGUUCCUUUGCUUCUAUUGCCGCCGCCGCGGUGGUCGCCCUUCCUUUGGCCAUCGCAGCGCCCAACAAGGCCAACAAGAUGGAUGCCAGCUACUAUAAGCCGGAGCAGGUUAUCGAUACCGAUGUCGUGAUUAUUGGUGGGGGUGGUAUGGGUGCCUACUCUGCUAUCCAACUCAAGGACGCAGGAAAGAGGGUUGUGGUCGUCGAGAGCAAAUCCCGUAUGGGAGGUCACACAGAGACUUACAUGGAUAACGAGACUGGAAUUCCCAUUGAUAUGGGUGUGAAGCUAUACCACGACGAACCUUUGGUGCACCAAUGGUUCGCACGCUUCAACCUUUCCACUACUCGGUUCAGCAUCCCUGCUCUCCCGACGCAGAACGUUGACUUCAGGACUGGGCAGGUUUUGCAGGGUCUGCCUGCUCCUAACCAGACAGCCAUGGCUAUUGCUCUGCAGAAGUACGGUGCGGUUCUCGCCAAAUAUCCUCAACUAGAGGGUGGCUUCUAUCUGCCAGAUCCCGUCCCUGAGGAUCUGUACAUGCCCUUCGGCCAGUUCGUCCAAAAGUACGACAUCGCUGAUGCGGUACAAACCAUCUUCGGUCUCACUUCCGCCUUUGGUGACAUCCUCGAGCUCCCCGCUCUGCAGCAGAUGCGCACCUUUUCCCUCGGUCUCCUGAAGACUAUGCAGAACUUCCAGACCAGCUCGGUAAUGGACAACAGCCUUCUUUUCGAGAAACUCACAGCCGAACUCCAGGCUACCAACUCUGUUCUUCUAUCCUCUAAGGUCACCAAGACGCAGCGUGUGAGCAAGGCUGAUGGUGGCGUGAAGGUCCUUGUCGAAACACCAAUGGGCUGCCGUCUCAUUCAAGCGAAGAAGAUCCUUAUGGCUAUCCCCCCUACUCCCGAGAAUCUCAACAAAUUCGACCCUAGCGGCGAUGAGUUGAAGAUCUUCAACCAAUUUACAUCUGUCGGAUACUACACCUCUAUCAUCAGGAACGCUGGCCCUACGAACAUCACACUCCAGAAUCUCGCUCUUGACAAGCCAUACGCGCUGCCACCCAUGCCUGCUAUCUACAACGUCAACCCCACCGCCAACCCAACUCUAAGUCUCGUCUACUACGGCACCAAGGUUGGUCAGCAUCUGAGCGACGAGGAGGCCAAGGCUGCGAUCAUCGCGGACCUCAAGCGCUUCCAGGCUGCCAACAACAUGACUGAGACUGAGCCGGAGUUUGUCGCAUUCAGCAACCACAGCCCAUACAACAUGUUGGUCGGUGAGGAGGCUACCCGCGCCGGAUUCUACAAGCAGCUGUAUGGACUGCAAAGCAAGCGCAACACUUUCUGGACAGCUAAGUUACCAGAAAAUCUGCCACCAUGCGAUGUGCUGCUUCAUUGCGGCGACUUGACCGAAGACGGCACCCCAGAAAGCAUCUCUCUAGCCCUCCAACAUCUAGGCAAGGUUAAAGCUAACUUGAGACUUGUCAUCAGUGGCAAUCACGAAAUAUCGCUGGACAAGUCCUAUUGGCUGUCCCAGGGCGGAGAAGAAGCUGAUGCAGAACGAGCGCUUGGAAUGGUGAGCCCGGAGGCAAGCUCAGAGGCGAACGAGAAUGGCAUCACCUUCUUAUGGGAAGGUACAUAUACCUUCACGCUAGCAUGCGGCGCGACUUUCCGAAUAUAUGCAUCACCAUACACUCCUGUUCACGGCGCAUCAGCAUUCCAGUAUCAUUCUAAGGAAGACCGAUUCAACUCUGCAGGCACCCCGUCGUGGGCUCAGAACGUUGGUACCGAGACCUCGACCAUUCCCAACAACGUUGACAUCGUCAUGACCCACGGCCCAGCGAGAUACAUACUUGACGAGACUGACGGUCAUAGUGCGGGGUGUGAACAUUUGCGACGCGCUAUCGCGAGGGUGCAACCACGAUUGCAUUGCUUUGGGCACAUUCAUUCGCCGCGUCGCGGCUUCUACGAAGCGCAUGUGCUGAGGCACGAAAGACAAACGGUGCUGGAAGGCGAUCCCAUUGAAUCGAUAUCGAAAGUAUGGAUGGGAGAGAAUUCAUGUCGGCCAUCAAAUGCGCUGUCAACACGUUCAUACUCGACCUCGCUCAUCUCGUCGCGUCUGUUCAGCCAGCAGACUGGUACAGCAAUCGCGACUGAACUCCUCUACCGUAUACUCAUCGACAUAAUCAACCGCUUCCUCUGUUCUUUCCAGCGCAUCGCUUCCCGUGGCAUUGACGAGGCCUCAUCCUGGAUGGAGCGCAAGCUGCAAGAGCGCCGCGACAACCUCAACGCUGCCAAGGCCAAUGCCAGAGAGGGCCUAAAGAUAGUUGAAGAGGUGGGCAAAUUAGUUGAAGACCGUGGCUUUGUAACUUGCCCAAUGAUGGGUCGUGCCAUGGACGCCACAGCAGAAGACAAGAGGGAACUACCUGGGCCGCCACAGUGGAUCCGGGGAGUGCUCGCUGAGAGCGUCAUUAUUGAUGUCGACGAUGAAGAUUUUGACGAAGAACAUGGAGUCACGUCAUAG